AUGGCAAGAAGACCCGAACAUCUGGCACCACCAGAAGUGUUUUACAAUGAAUCCGAGGCAAGAAAAUAUACAUCAAAUUCAAGAAUGAUGGAGAUUCAAGAAAAAAUGACUGAAAGAGCUUUGGAGCUUCUUCUUUUACCAGAAGAGACGUGUUUUAUCCUAGACAUUGGCUGUGGCUCUGGUUUAAGUGGCUCCGUUUUGACAGACAACGAUCACCAUUGGGUUGGCGUUGACAUAUCUUCAGCAAUGUUGGAUGUGGCUCGAGAACGUGAAAUAGAAGGUGAUUUGGUUUUAAACGACAUUGGACAAGGAUUGCCUUUCAGAGCUGGUACUUUUGAUGGGGCUAUUAGUAUAUCCGCGCUCCAGUGGCUCUGCAAUGCUGACAAAAAGAGUCAUAAUCCUGUCAAACGACUUAACAAGUUUUUCACAUCUCUUUUUGCGUGUUUGUCACGAAAUGCAAGAGCUGUAUUCCAAUUUUAUCCAGAAAAUAGCGAGCAAGUAGAAUUAGUGACGACACAGGCUACAAAAGCUGGUUUUUUCGGUGGUGUUGUCGUCGACUAUCCAAACAGUACCAAAGCCAAAAAAUUUUUCCUCGUUUUAAUGACUGGAGGCAAUAUGCCAAUGCCAAAAGCUCUAGGGGACGAAUCAGAGUCAGCUCACGCUGGUAAACACGUCACAAAGCGUGACACUCAACGUGGAAAAUCUUUGAAAAAAGGAGGAAAUUGGAUUUUGGAGAAAAAAGAAAGAAGAAGACGACAGGCGCUUCUUUUAAUUCAUCUCUAUCGAGCCACUGGUACUUGA